AUGCUCAUGCAGCCUGGUAAAUUUACUGGAUAUUGCUAUUUAGCUGUGUCACAUGCGGAUUGGGAAGUUCGCGAUACGGUAGUAGAGAUUGCAGCAGCUGUACCCUGUUUUCGCCCCAUGUUGGGUCCACUAACUCCUUUGGUUAAAUUCGAUCCAUCACCUUACGUUAGAGCUGCUGCUCUCCGAUGUCUAAUCCUCGAUUCGCAAUACCAUCAAGAUGAAUUACCUCAGCUUUGCGAAAGUGUUGUAUUGCUAGAUGCAGAUGCAGAGCCUAGGCUUGUAGCUAUUCGUUACUUGCAAGGAACACUUGCAAAGAACAUUAGUCACGUUUUCCGCAUUCUUCCAAAGGCUAUUGAAGACACUGACGAUGAAGUGAGGCGCAUUAUGAUCGACAUGUGUCCGAGCCUACUUGUUGUCGAAGAAUAUGCUGCAGACACUGCGAAGGAACUGCAGGAAUGGACAGAGGAUGCCGAGAUUGGAGCAGCGGUUCGUGAGGUAUUGGGUGAGCCAGCAGCUGAACGACCCGAUCCAGUUGAGCAUAUUCUGGCAGACAUGAUGAAUGCGUUGCGUGUGAACAUCGAUGAUACCAUUGAUUGCUAUUGA